GAGCAUAUGAUGCAUGGUGGGGUUGCAGGAAAGCGUUGCUGCAACUUGCAGACAGCAUGGACUCUUUUUGACUCAUAUGCUAUGGUCGCAUGGCCCAAAGGUGACUGUCUUUGCGAAAAUGUAGUGUCAGUAUUGCUUGGUCCAUGGUCUGCGGACGUCCGGGUGUUGUCAUUGUGACUCGCUCUGACCGCUUGCA